CAUUCCUAUUUGUUUUUUUAAAUUCCAACAUUAUUGACCUGGUUCUUACUGUUAAUCGCUCGCAAUUGUACGAAAAAACACCAAUGGUGUUUCAAAAGCAAGAAAAAGAACAGGUUUCCAGUUCAGUUUACUGAGUGAUCAGUGCUUGCAUUGUCGCAAUCCGGUUUCUAAUGAUGAUGUGUCAAUAUGAAUAGGAGGAAGUUAGCAUACGAGAGACAUCAGACCACGGCGGACUCGGAGACGCCAGGGACGCCGGCAUCACCACUGACAUCAUCGUCGCCGAUACACCGCCACGGACGGUCGGGAUCAAGCUACGCAAGCAUGGGGAACAUGAAGAAAGCGCAAACGAAAGCGGCGGCUCAAAGGCUGGCGGCCGUUAUGGCACACCAGCAAAGCGUGGAGGGUGAUGAUGAUGAUGAUGAUGACCAGCUUGAUUAUAAUAACAUUAAUGGCACGGGAGGCAUUGGACUCGCUGGUGGAAGAGCAACUCGUGCUCGUUCUCCUAUGAACAAAAACAUGGCUCAAAGGCGAGUUCCGCAGGCAAUGACACAACAACUAGCUGAUGAGGACAAUGAUGAGGAUGACAUUUUAGUGACUGGCACGCCAAGUAUAGGGCUUGGUGGUGGAAGAGCAAUGCAGUCACGCUCUCCUAUGCACAAAAACAUGCCUCAAAGGCGAGCUCCAGUAGUGAUGACACAACAACCAGCUGAUGAGGAUGGACUUUUAGUCAGUGGCACAGCUAGCAUAGGUCUCGCUGGUGGAAGGGCAAUGCGGUCACAGUCUCCUGCAAACAAAAACAUAGCUCAAAGGCGAGCACCACAACAACCAUCUGAUGAGGACAAUGAUGAUGAUGACCUUUUAGUGACUGGUACCUCAAGCAUAGGGCUCGCAGGUGGAAGGGCUAUGCAGUCACGCUCUCCUGCGACUAAAAACAUAACUCAGAAGCGGCUGCCACAAGUUACUACACGGAAAGCAUCUGAUAAGGGCGAUGAUGAGGAUGACCUUUUAGUUAGUGGCAGAGCAAGCAUUGGUAUUGCUCGUGGUAGGGCAAUGCAGUCACGCCCUUCUAUGGCCAAAACUAUGGCUCAAAGGCCUGUGCAACAAGUAGCACAGCAACCAGGUGAUGAGGACAAUGAUGUGGAUGACCUUGCAAAUAAUAAUAGUUCAGCGAGUGGCACAGCAACCAUUGGACUUGCUUGUGGAAAAGCAAUACGUUCAUCUUCUCCCUCGUCAGUUCAUAUCAAUCAGGAUCAACCACCAUCUACACAUUCCACACCAGGCAGUCAAACCUCUCUAUCUGUCAACAAUAUGGAGCAACCAUUAUCAUCUUAUUCAAGUGGCCAACCAUCUCACUCUAUCAGCUCUGUGGAGCAACCCAUGUCUCCUUAUUCCAUUUCAGGCGGACAACCAUCUCUGCAGAGUUCUGCAGAACAGCCAACUGCUGGCCGGUUAUCUCCAUUAACCAGAUCCAUAGAGCAACCUUUAUCUGCUCGUUCCACAGCAUCAGGUCGCCAACAUUUAGGAGUCAAGGCAGUUCCUGUGAUACCUCAUACAGUGCCUAUGCCACUGAAGCCAACCUCAUCUGUUAGUUCAACAGAGGCUUCAACUGAUAAUCGGAGAGAUAAACGAUUGUCUUCAGAUUUUGGGAGUAUGAGCAGCUUGAAAGAUAGGGGAAGACAGCAGUCUACUUCUGCUUUACAAGAUGAGCUUGAUAUGCUACAGGAUGAAAAUGAAAGUUUAAUUGAAAAGCUUCAACUUGCAGAGGAGAGGUGUGAGGAAGCAGAAGCAAGAGCUCAGCAGCUUGAGAAACAGAUUGCUAAUCUUGGAGAAGGUGUAACUUUAGAAGCACGUCUUUUAAGCAGGCAAGAGGCAGCCCUGCAGGAAAGGGAGGCUGCUUUAAGAACUGCAACGCAAACUCAUGGUGGUAUACCCGAACAGAUUGCUUCUCUUCGGACAGAGGCUGAGAUCGCCAGAGAUGAAGCAACAUCUGCCUUAGAUAAGCUCCAUGAAGCGGAGUGUGAAAUGAAAUCUCUGCAAACAGUAACUCAAAGGAUGAUGCUGACUGAGGAAGAGAUGGAAGAGGUUGUUUUAAAGAGAUGCUGGCUUGCUCGUUAUUGGAUUUUAUGUGUGGAACAUGGUAUUCAGGCAGAGAUAGCUGGGGCAAAACAUGAAUAUUGGUCAUCAUUUGCUCCUCUUCCCGUUGAAAUAGUAUUAGCUGCUGGGCAAAGAGCCAAAGAGGAGGAAUCUUCAUCGAACAAUGAUUUAGAAGAAAGAGAAAAGGUCCUGCAAGACUUUGGUGCACUAUCUGGAGAGAGAAAUGUUGAAAGCAUGCUUUUAGUUGAGAAAGGUCUAAGGGAACUGGCUUUAUUUAAGGUAGAGGAUGCAGUUGCAUUUGCAAUGGCUAAAAAUCGACGCCAGAAUUUGCUAAAAACUGAUGAGGUGAAACUACCAACUGAGGGUCAAUUUGAGGCAUUUGAAUUGAGCCAAGAGGAGUCUGAAGAUGUUCGUUUUAAGCAGUCUUGGCUAAUUUAUUUCUGGAGGAGGGCAAUGAACCAUGGAGUGGAACCUGACAUUGCAGAAGAACGUUUACAGUCAUGGAUCAACCGCAGCUCACGUCUCUCCACUUCACAGGAUGCAGUUGAUGUUGAGCGUGGCCUUAUGGAGCUGAGGAAGUUAGGCCUUGAGUCCCAAUUAUGGAGGACAUCAAGGCAAGGAUUGGAGCUUGCUUCCACCACCAGGCUGCAUAUUGAGACAAAUUUCUGACACAAAAGUUUCGUAACUAUUGCUGGAAAUUUUUCUUUCAUUCAUUACAUGGCCAGAACCUUUCUUUGAGGAGGCAUCGUCUAUAGUAAUAUAUUGAGAGUUACUGCAAAAAAUUUUGUAAUAUUUGCACUCUUGAAAAUGUAAGAC